CUCAGUGUGGCGUACUGUACAGGCUCCAAUGGUAGAAUGACCCUGCCUGGGAUGAGUGGAGCUCUGGCACUUCUUCGACAAGAAAAUAACUGGAUCUACAAGUCCCUAUUGCUCGUGUGUACAAGCAAGACCAACACAACAAAAGGUUCACUCCCACUCUAAACGCUACCACAGUCUAGCUAGUAGCUAGCAGCGCACAGUCUGCAGUAGUACGAUACCUGGCCGAGUGAGUCGAGUCGGUAUCGACGAGUCGGUAUCGACCAGUCGGUAUCACAGCAGGAUUCCCCACACUCUUCACUCCAUAAAAAUCGAAUAAGAACAACAACAUCAACACACAAUCAUCAUGACAUCUCCAGCAGGACAAGAACAACUCAAGGCUCCGGUCGGUGAGGAUUUGACUAGUACUGAUUUCACAGCCUCCACUUCUACUACUAGCAAUGAUGAUUCCAUGACAGAACGGUUGACCCGAGUGGGGUUUUCUUCGAUUCAGAUCCGAAGUUUUGAUCGCAUACUCGGAGAUAAUCCCGAUGUCCGCAGUGGACCUCCACUGAGCAUUGGAUGGGACUAUGAAGAAGGCGAUGUGAUGGAUCUAAAUGCCUACGAACUGGGAAAGCGAUACAAAGAGGACAAGGCAUCGUCAGAAGAGCCAGUCACUCGAUUGACCAAUGGCACCCGACGCGAUAUGUUGAGAAAGCUGGGCGUCCGCAUCGAGGAAAUCAUUGAGGCCGAGAAUGAAGUCUACCGCAUCAAGAAGAGCCGUCAAGAGACCAUGAACCAGAGCAAGGUUUACGAGCGCACAGAAGAGAUGUUGCAAUCUGCCAAGCGGAAGCUCAAGAGAAGAUUUUUUGCGCCCAAGAACUCCAACCCACAACCUCUUGCUAAAGCUACCACAGCAUGAGACUCAGGAGGUUACGCAAAAACGACAAUGGCGGGGUGCACCUAGAAACUUGUACACUAAUAACUAAUAAAAGCUAUAGAGACUAUUACAUG